ACACUCUUAAUUUACUCUGUAUUUCAGACAUUGAAAUGUCUCAAGCAAAGAUAAUUUAGACAAAGCCAUAGUCAUGGAAUCGAGCAAAGGAACACGGCAAUUUGCAAUCCUUAUACUCACAUGCAUCCAAAACUUUGCCAAACCUAUGCUACAUGUUGUGCCAGCUACAAUCCACCACUCUCAAAAUUUAUUCAUCAUUCACCUUAAGAAUAAGUAUCUUUCUCUACCCUAUAAAAACCCCAUUUCUUGCAUCAAAUUUACACAUCCCAGAAAUCUCCAAGCAACUUGUUAUACCAAAAAACCUUGCCUAGAGAGAAAAUGGGUUCCAAUAAAACCACAUCAAUUGCCCUUUUCUUAGUGCUAAACCUUGUAUUCUUCACUCUUUCUAGUGCAUGUGGCUCUUGCCCUACUCCCAAACCAAAGCCGCCGCCGCCACCACCUAAGCCGACUCCAUGCCCUCCGCCCCCGGCCACCCCGAGCAAGGCCACUUGCCCUAGGGAUACCCUAAAACUAGGUGUAUGUGCUGAUUUGCUUGGUGGGUUGAUUGGUGUCACAAUUGGAACUCCUCCAAAAACUCCAUGCUGCACCCUUCUCGAAGGGCUGGCCGAUCUCGAGGCGGCCGUGUGCCUCUGCACCGCCAUCAAGGCCAAUGUUUUGGGCAUCAACCUUAACGUUCCCGUUUCUCUUAGUCUGCUUCUCAAUGUUUGCUCCAAGAAGGUUCCAAAGGGCUUCAAGUGCGCCUAAUAAAUUAUCAAAUGCACAAUAUGAUGGGAUUUUAAUUUCAAUAUAUAUAUAUUUCUUCAGAUUAAAGUUUUUCAAUGUUUUGCUUACUGUGAUUGGUAUACUUUUGUAUUCCAUAUAUGAAAAUAACAGAGGGGGAAAUAGUGAAAGAGAAGUUGUACGCUGCUCUCACUAGCUAUGUGAUAGUGGCAUGAGACUCUACUUUUCUUUAAUUAUUUUAGCUCCUUUUCAAGUUGUAUAAUUUUCUAUUUUCUUUUAUAAAAGGAAUUUUGAAUUUGUAUAUUAA